CAUCUGCAUCUUCAUCUUCUCUGCUUGCUCCUCCCACACGCCAAAGCAAUUUUAGCCCGUACCCCCCUGCAUCCCAAGCGCCCGAAACCGCCUCUCCCCUACACCAAUACCACCACCGCUUCCUUUCCGAUCCGAUCCCUUCCCCUCGAUCGACGGCGGCCAUGGCGAGAAUCCCGCUGCUGCUGGCCCUCCUGCUCGCCGUCUCCGCCGCCGCCGCCGCGCAGGUCGGGGGUAACCGCGGCCAUGGCCCGCUGGUGGGCGGGUGGAGCCCGAUCACGGACGUGGGCGACCCCCACAUCCAGGAGCUCGGCGGGUGGGCGGUGGAGCGGCACGCCUCGCUCUCCAGCGACGGGCUGCGGUUCCGCCGCGUGACGAGCGGCGAGCAGCAGGUGGUCUCCGGGAUGAACUACCGCCUCGUCGUCUCCGCGUCAGAUCCCGCGGGGGCCACCGCGUCCUACGUCGCCGUCGUGUACGAGCAGUCGUGGACCAACACCCGCCAGCUCACCUCCUUCAAGCCCGCCGCCGCGCACUGAUCCAUCCCUCCCUCCAGAUCUAUCUUAUCUAUGUCUCUUCUGCUCCAUCUCGAUCAGCUGUUAAAUUUUCCCUGCCUAAUCUCUCUCUGUUAAUCACACAUCUCAUGUAAUUCUCAUGUAUGAUGAGCACAAGCUAAGUACCUGUACUUGUUCGGUCUGAGUUGUGUCCCCGUGUGUGCGGUUCAAUCUUUUGCAUGUAAGACAGCGAGUCCACACUUGUAAUGAAUUAGCGAAUAAAAUGGUGGGAUUGGAAUAAUGGUGCCCAUCUUAA